AUGUACCAGACCAGCCUGGCGCAGUUCAAUGAGCUGUAUGAGAAGGCCAUCGACGGCAGCGAGCGCGCCAGCCUGCCCUCCAAGCGCAUCGCCAACAUCAUUGAGCACAUGACCUACGAAAUCUACCUGUACAUCCAGCGCGGCCUGUUUGAGCGCCACAAGCUGCUGUUUGCGCUGAUGCUCACCAACAAGGUCCUCGUCAGCGCCGGCAAGAUCAAGCCGUCUGACCUGGACGUUCUGCUCAAGGGCGGCGGCGCCCUGGACAUCACCAGCGUGCGCAAGAAGCCCAAGGAGUGGAUCCCGGACGCUGUGUGGCUCAACGUGGUGGCACUGUCCGCCAUGGACGCGUUCAGGGACAUCCCUGACAGCGUGUUCCGCAACGACGGGCUGUGGCGGCAGUGGUACGAUCAGGAGGCACCAGAGAUGGCCAAGGUCCCUGACUACGAGGACCGCCUGUCGCGGUUCGAGCGCAUGUGCGUGGUCAAGGCAUUCCGCGAGGACCGCACCCUGGUGGCCGCGGCAGACUACAUAUCUGACGCCCUGGGGCAGCGCUUCGUGGAGAGCGUGCCCCUCAGCAUGGAGCGCGCGUGGGCGGAGUCCCGCGCGCGCGUGCCGCUCAUCUGCCUGCUCAGCCCCGGCUCCGACCCCACCAAGCUGAUCGAGGACCUGGCCAAGAGGAAGAAGAUCAAGACGCUGGGGGUGUCCAUGGGGCAGGGCCAGGAGGUCAUCGCGCGCAAGUACGUGGCGACCGCUGCUGCAGAAGGACAGUGGGUGCUGCUGCAGAACACGCACCUGGGGCUGGGGUACCUGGCCGAGGUGGAGCAGUACCUGGUCAAGGCGGAGGAGCUGCACGAGGACUUCAGGCUGUGGAUUACUGCGGAGCCGCACCCCCAGUUCCCAAUCGGCCUGCUGCAGAUGGGCAUCAAGAUCACCAACGAGGCCCCAGUGGGCAUCAAGGCCGGCCUGAGGGCCUCCUACCAAUGGGUCAACCAGGACAUGCUUGACGCGGUGGGCCGCCAGGAGUGGCGCCAGCUGCUGUUUGUCAGCUGCUUCCUGCACAGCGUCGUGCAGGAGCGCCGCAAGUUUGGCCCCAUCGGCUGGAACGUUCCCUACGAGUUCAACGCGUCAGACCUCAGCGCCUGCACCCAGUUCCUGCAGAACCACCUGCUGGAGAUGGACGCCAAGAGGGCGUCCCAGCCGACGUGGGAGACCGUGCGCUACAUGGUGUCUGUCAUCCAGUACGGCGGCCGCAUCACGGACGACUUUGACCAGCUGCUCAUGGACACGUUCGCAGAGAAGUACUUCCACCCCGGGGUGCUGCAGGCCGGCUACGAGCUGCACCGUGACGAGCGCAGCGGGUUCAGCUACCGCGUGCCCGACGGCGCCGAGGUUGAGGCCUUCAGGGCCGCAAUAGAGGCCCUGCCCGUACAGGUGCGUGACGCCAUGUCCACCAUCCUGGACACCAUGCCCAAGGGCGCCGGCGGCGGGGGCGGCCUCAGCCGCGAGGAGGCGGUGGACCACAUCUGCGAGGACCUCCUGUCAAAGGUUCCGCCGCUCUUCGACAAGGAGGAGACACGGGAGCGCCUGCGGAAGCUGCCGGGAGGCGCGACGCAGCCGCUCACGGUCCACCUGCGCCAGGAGCUGGACCGCAUCAACGUGGUGCUGCAGGUCGCAAAGUCAACACUCACAAACCUGCGCCUCGCAAUCGCCGGCACCAUCGCCCUGAGUGGCAACCUCAUAGAGUCCCUGGACGCCCUCUUCAUGGCGCGCAUCCCCGCUGCCUGGCUCAAGUGCAGCUGGGAGGCCGCCACGCUGGGCGCAUGGUUCGCGGGGCUGCUGCAGCGCCACGACCAGCUGGCCAAGUGGCUGACGAUGGGCCGGCCCCGUGCCUACUGGCUCACGGGCUUCUUCAAUCCUCAGGGGUUCCUGACGGCCAUGAAGCAGGAGGUGAACCGCCGCCACGCGGCAGACAAGUGGGCCCUGGACGACGUGGUCAUGACCAGCGAGGUGACGCACCCCCCCAAGGAGUACGAGUCCCUGAAGGACAGCCCCUCUGAGGGGGUCUACGUCUACGGCCUCUACCUGGACGGCUGCGCAUGGAGUGGGCGUGAGAACCGGCUGGUGGACUCUGAGCCCAAGAAGCUCUACCACUCACUGCCGGUGCUCUACGUGACGGGCGUGCAGGCCAAGGACCGCCGCCGCGCGGGCGUGUUUGAGGCGCCAUGCUACCGCGUCAAGGCACGGCGCGGCAACAACUUCAUCACCACCUUCAGCCUGCGGACAGAGGACGACAAGUCAAAGUGGACCAUACGCGGCGUGGCGCUGCUCUGCAGCGUGGACUAG